GUCGUACGGCGACAGAUGGCGCUUCAGGCGCGUCGCGUCGUAGAUACGCCUCAUAACAAGUCAUCGUGUCCAGAUUGCUUCCUAUUUGUCCGUAGUGGUCGGUACGUAUACGCUCGUGAAUCGUGGGGAAGAAGAAAGCCCAAAUCGGGACGAGAGUCUCUCGCAGCAAUAUCCGCCGAGAUUCGCGUUCGCCCAGCAUCGCCGUUCGAGCCGUCGCGUGAUUCGCGACGCCGAUCGAGUAGUCGCGCCCGCAUCGCCGCCGCGACCUUCGGAAACGAGGCAGAACGAACGGCGAAAAGUGACGCAGCACCGUAUGCACCGCGCGUGUCGGUGAUCAUGGCGAAUCGGGGUACAGCUCAAAGGCCAAAUGGAUCGACGCAAGGAAAAAUCUGUCAGUUUAAGUUAGUUUUACUUGGCGAAUCAGCAGUUGGGAAGUCGAGCCUUGUUUUAAGGUUUGUCAAAGGACAAUUUCACGAGUAUCAGGAGAGUACAAUCGGCGCUGCAUUUUUAACGCAAACUGUAUGCCUGGAUGACACAACGGUAAAAUUUGAAAUUUGGGAUACCGCGGGGCAAGAGCGUUAUCAUAGUCUUGCACCAAUGUAUUAUCGUGGUGCACAAGCAGCCAUUGUUGUGUAUGAUAUAACAAACCAGGAUACAUUCUCGCGCGCCCAGACAUGGGUGAAGGAAUUGCAGCGCCAAGCCAGUCCAAGCAUAGUAAUAGCAUUAGCUGGAAACAAAGCAGAUUUGGCAAAUAAAAGAGUCGUCGAAUACGAUGAAGCUCAAACAUACGCAGAUGAAAAUGGCCUUCUUUUCAUGGAAACAUCUGCUAAGACGGCGAUGAACGUCAAUGAUAUAUUCCUUGCAAUUGCUAAAAAACUUCCGAAGAACGAACAAUCGGGAAGUGCAAGUACGAGUGGUCAAGGCCGUCGAUUAGUUGAGUCGGAUGGGCAAAAGGCAGCAACCGGCAAUUGCUGCAAGUGAUUAUCUAAAUCCCAUAUAUAUUCAACUCGGCUCUUUUGCCUUCUUUAUAUUUAUUGGAAUAUAAAGGAAAUAGGCCGAAAUGUGGCAGGCUGGGGCUAAAUAAGGUGAAAAGCGCGAAUUGAAAGUAAGAUCUAAUAAUCGAUAGUGUAUCGUGACGCGCAAUGACAUAAUCAAUUCUGCACGAACAAAACGAAGUAAAAAGAAAAGGGCAAGAAGAUAUAUUGAUACGUAAUACUGUCGAAAGACGACGUGCGUUAAUAUAUAGCAAUUCAUGUAUAUGACCAUCAAAUUUAUAAUCCGCAUGAUAUAAAUAUAUCUACAAUGUUUUGCUGUACAAUAUAUUUAGCUAGGCAUUGGCAGUCUCUUGUAAUGAAAAAGUGGUUCACGUCAAGUAUAUACGUGAAGAGGAAAUCGUUUUAAAAUUUAUGAUAUUUCCAUCUCAAUGAUGUAUCUGUAUAUUUAUUUGUUCUUGAAAGUUUUUCUUUAACAAUUGUUAUAUCUGUUUGAACUUAUCCGAUGUAUUAACUUUUAAUAUAGCAAUUCUUCGUAUGAUCAAAUGAAUUCCUUGCAAUAAUUAAAUCUAUAGCAAUAUAAUAUUAUUUCUUUGUUUUGCUGCAUUUAAUAAUAUUAUACGGUUUCGUUGUUAUAAAUCGUUCCUUUGUUCCUUGAGUAGCGAUCCUUUCGUAUUCUUCUAGUAUAUAUUUAUACUAGAUUUAAAUAUAAAUAUUGACGUUACUGCGAAAGAGCUUUGUUAAAAUCAAAGACUAUUAUUUGUGCAUGAAAAAAAAGACCGUAGUCCAUGUGAUACGAAAUGUAUCUGAAAGCAUAUUAUUAUUUUUCUACUAGUAUUCUCUCUCCUGUGUUUUAUUGUAUAUUAUUAACGGUUGAUAGAUGCAUUAUUCGAAGAUUCGAGAUAAAAAGGAAAUUAGCACUAAGUAUGCCUUAAUUGUAGGCAUAUCGUAGUGUUUAUACACACAACAACAACAACAACACAUACACACACAUAUUAUAUAUUAUAUAUAAUGCUACAUACACAUACACACAUGUUUGUAGAUAUUAUGAACUUGUAAAAAUUCUCCUCUUUCGAUGGAUUAUCCGUUUCCGACUGACAAAGGUGCUAUAUGAGAAUACAUGUGCAUGAUGCAUUAUGCAAGCUUGUGAAAAUUGUUUCUUGUGAUUUAUGGUAUCUCACACUCCCAUCCUGUGUGCAAUGAUUCUUAUAUAUUUGGAUUAUAUUUGAAAAAUAUGUUAUAAGGGGCAUAACAAUAGGAUGAAGAAGUAAAGCUGUUUAAAAUUAUUGCAAAAAAAUUCUCAGGGUAUAUAAUCUUUCCUCCACGACAUACAUAUAUCUCUGAUGUCAUUGUAUUUUAGUUAUAUAUUUAAUCUUAUUUCCACACGAUGAUAUAUUCUGUUGAAAAUAAUAUAGGUUCUAUAUUCCUAUGUAUAGAGAAGUUCUUGACAUUUGCCAGGCGAAUAAAAUGUCUAUAGUAGUUACAUCUUAUGCAUUGUAGAUACUCUACAACAAAUGUAAUACAGUACAUGAUGGAAUUGUA